GACUGCAGACAGCGCGUCUCCUGUGUCUGGAUGCCCCGGGAUGCAGCUCCGGAGCUCCGGGCUGUGGCUUCUGCUCUGUUCGGUGUGGGUGAUCCAGGGACCGGGAGGUCGCUGUGCCUGUACCCGGCGCGGACAUCCCAGGUGCUGCCCAGGGAGGAAUAAUGCCUGCACCGGCGUCACUGCCAGCGGGAGCACGUGCUACUGCGACUCCUACUGCCACCGGAGCGGCGACUGCUGCCAGGACUACGCGGGGCAGUGCGGGGGCAGCGUCACACACUGUGUAGUUGGGCCGUGGGGGCCAUGGAGUGAAUGCAGUUCUCUCUGUGGAGUUGGGAGCAAAGAAAGAUUGCGACAAGUCAAAGUACCUCCGCGUAGUGGAGGAAACCCCUGUCCAGAUCUUAGACAGCGCCGUGGCUGCUAUGGCGAAGACUACACCUGUCCUUCCUCUAAAGAGGUGGCUAAGAUAUUGCCAAGCUCUUUCAAAAGGGAUUCUAGAGGUCCUUGGAGAAGGCCCCACACCCUGAUUUCUUUAAGGACCUCAAGUUAUUGUGUCUACUUCAGACUGAAACAUGUGGGACCUGCCUGUUUGCUGCAAAACUGGGGCAGACAGUUGACAGGAGAACAAGUUGUAUGUGUAGAGUGCCAGACUGAAGCAAUGGAUGCUAGUGGGCGGUGCCAAGGGGAUGGUCUCGCUGGUGCAAGGACAUUCUGGACCGCUGCCUCUCUUCUUGGCUGCCAGGGCUCCUGGGUUCAAGAAGACCUCCGAGAAGACUGCACGUGCCACUUACUCUCCUAUAUUUUUGUGUGAUGAGCAUUGUCAUCAUUGGAUGUAUGAUGGCAGUCCUCACAAAACCAAAUAGUUUACCUCUCAGAUACCUACCUCUUCCACCUGCCUCUUGGGGGUGGGGAUGUUACUUCCUUCCUUUUUUUUUUCUAAGAUUCUACUACUCUGGUAUUGUUUGUCAGUACAUGAUACCUGCUAAAGUUGGCAGUGAACUUCUCUAUUCUCUGCAUAUUUGCCUUCAUAAGGUCCUCUUACACAGACUGAUAAUCAGGCCAGUUAUCAAGGAUGAGCAUUUGGUCUGUCUAAAAGGUGCUGGUGAUCACCCAGUGAACGAGCAAACGCUUAUUGAUUGGGUGAUCGUGUCUCUCAACCUGCACAAAAAAAAUUAUGGUUUCAGUGCUGUAGAUCAGCCUGUAUGACCAAGGAUCUUCUGCACAGGAACAAUAAUUUUCUAUGGGGAAAAGCAUUCGCUCUAGCAAUCACUUGUCCCCAUGUAGCAGAGGUGAUUGCUACAUGUAAAUGCAGUCAUUAUUUCCACUGACGAUCGCGCAAUUAUUGGGACAUGUAUUUCAUUCCCAAUAAUUGCCUAAUAUAUUGGUCUAUGUUAAAGGACUUCUAGGUUUUAAUUGACCAGUGUGAAAAAAAAUUCUACGUUGUGCUAAUUCAAAAUGUGAAAAGGAAACAUUUUAAAUGUAGCAAUCUUUAAGAACUCUGAAGGAAGUAUAUCCAUGUAUGUAAUUUAUAUUCAUAUAUAAUAUGUCCUAUCAUUUUACACUUAUAUUAUGACUCCAUAUUGUCCUAUAAUUUUAAACGUAUGACUCCAUAUAUUGUCUCUGACAGUAGUAAUUUACAGUACCACUGACUAAAACUGUGUGCAUAUGUCUGCUGUGGAGCUCCAAGUGUAAAAUCACCUGGAUAUUUUCUCAAAAAAUUAUUACAAAAUUAAAGAGGUUGUCUCAACCAUAAUUUUUUGGGGGGGGAGUUGGGAGUCACUUGAGUGGGGUUGUCAUUCCCAAUAUAGACCUAGAUAGGAAAGGAUGAUGUUUCAGUAAAAAGCCAACAAGGACAUAGCUCUUUGCUCUAGGCAGUCCCAGUUUUAAAAACCUGACAAAUCAGAUAUUGAUAGUACA